AUGGCCAAUAAUGAUUCUAAUUUGCAGGACAGCCACGAUGGCAAUCCUCCUAUCUUUACGACUACAAACUUUACGCGGCAUCACAACAACGUUGGCGGAUCUAUUCAUAUCACCAUUCAGAUCCACGUUCAACCAGAAAAACAUCACGAAAACUAUGGUCAAAUUGAUAAUCAGUCGACAUCAAAACGUGAAGACGAAGCACCAUCAUCAGGACUGAAUCAUAACGAUCUCGAAAGCCACGCCAUUCGCAGUUAUCAUACAUUGCCCAGAUGUUUACGUUCAAGGUCGAAUCAGUUAAGUGAUGGACUAAAUUAUAAGAUGAGGAAAAGUAAUCAUGAAAAGGUUUCAGUCGACGAGAGUAAAACAGAUACUCAAACUUGUGAAUCGAAACUUCCUUUUAAGGAUGUUGCAAUGAGUAGCAAUACCGAAAGGCUAUUAUUCCAUAAUGAUACUAAGUUAUCUGAGGCUCAACAAACCCAAAAAGACACUAUGCAAUCGAUCAGCUUACCUCCCAUAAUAUCAGCUAACAACAUCGAUGGUGUCAUUACAACGACUAAUCCGUCAUCAUUAGGAACUCGAAACAAACAAUUCAGCCAGAAGACAAUUUCUAAUUCACCCUCAUUUCGAAAAUUGGCAAAUAACAAAACGCUCUAUGAUAACGAAGAAUUGCCCAAUCCCGAUACUAUCAUUGAGUUUUCAACUAGAUCAAAAGAAAUACCUAUACCUCCUCCAUUGCCACCUGAUACCACCUCGUCUAACAUAAAUCUAUAUCCGAACGAGAAUACCUUCCAACCUCCAUCACUACCUCCUCAGCCACCACCUCCUCCACCUCCGCCUCCACCACUACCUCCUCCACCUCCGCCUCCACCACUACCUCCUCAGCCACCACCUCCUCCACCUCCACCACUACAGCCACAACAACACAAAUCCUUAUCAAAAGUAUCAGCUGGAUUAACUAUUCCUCCACCUCCAUUACCACAAAUUGGAAUGCAUUCAAGGCCUGCUGGAGACUUAUCGCAGCAACAUCAACGCUGUACACAGGUUCCUCAACCUAUAACACUGAAACCAAUAUUUUGGAAAAAAAUUAGAAUUCCGUGCCCAAGUCUAAGUUCUCAAACUGACCGAACUGUAUGGCAAAUUUUACCUGAAAUUACAGUAGAUGAUACAGAAUUGUGUAUUCUAUUCCCAUCACGGACUAAACCUUUAAGUAAAACCAGAAAGAUAAAUCGACAACCUAUAAAACCGUCAAGAGCAAAGUAUCUUGACCAUAAAAGAUCGCAAUCUAUCGGAAUAUUUAUGAAGACAUUACGCUAUAGUCUCGCUGAAAUUAGGCAAGCGAUUUUGAAUCUCAACAUUAACAUUUUACCCGAAGAUCUGUAUCAGACACUAUACCGAUUGCGUCCAACAUUAGAAGAAAUCAAUAAAAUUAAACAACAUAUGAAAAAAUCGCCGCAACAACCGCUAGAUGAACCAGAAGAAUUUAUCAUGAAAUUGUCUGAAAUUCCAUUUCUCAACGAGCGGCUUGCUUAUAUAUGUUAUGCUACAAGCUUUGAUGACAACUUAACGAUGAUUAAGGAAAUGUUGAAACUUUGCCAGAGUGUGUGCAAGGAAUUACGUGAAAGUCUUGGUCUUCGGAAAUUAUUGUCUGUUGUAAGAACUAUUGGAAAUCGCAUGAAUUUAGGCAAUUUACAAAGAGGAAAUGCAGAUGGUUUUGAUGUUGCAAUUUUAACCAAGUUGAAGGAUAUCCGUAGUCAGGAAUUUCAGUUGUCAUUACCAGAUAUAAAUCUGCUAUCGAAAGCGUCUCAGUUAGAUUUCGAUGUCAUUAAUGAGUUACUAAAUAAAUUAGAUACAGAAUUUAAAGAUUGCGAGCAAGGGGCUAAGCAUAUUCUAUCUGAGAUUUCCUCUUCCUCUCCUGUUCAUAAUCAGUUGCACAAGUUUAUUAAAAGAGCUGAGAAAGAAAUGAAGAUAUUGCAUGAUUCCCGAAAAGUAGCUAUAAAAGCAUACCAAGAUCUAUUAUACUUUUAUUACGCGAAAGAAUAUCAAAUCAACGAGUACAGUAUCAAAGACUUUACGUCAAUAUUUUGUCAGUUGAUGACUCAAAUUCGAAACUGUCGAUAUUGA